AUGGACCACAAUUGGAAAUUCUCCCAGUGUUUCGGGGAUAAGGGCGAUAUUGAGAACAUCACCGAGGCAGAUAUCAUCUCCACAGUCGAGUUCGACAGCACGGGCACGUUUUUGGCGACAGGCGACAAAGGCGGCCGGGUGGUGUUAUUCGAACGUAACGGAAACAAAAAGAACCUGUGUGAGUAUAAAUUCUUCACAGAGUUUCAGAGUCAUGAUGCUGAGUUUGAUUACCUUAAAUCGUUGGAAGUGGAGGAGAAGAUUAAUAAGAUUCAGUGGUUGCGGUCGCUGAACAACCUGUUGUAUCUCUUGUCGACAAACGACAAGACAAUCAAGUUGUGGAAGAUCAUGGAGAGACAGGUGAGAUUGGUAAGUGAAAACAACCUCAAUGGAAUGGACCACUUGCCGUCGGGCAAAAUCAAUGUGGCCGAUUUGAAGUUGCCGAGAAUGACGUUCCACGACAAGUUGAUCCUGGCCCAGCCAAAGAAAAUAUACUCUAACGCUCACGCAUACCAUAUCAACUCUAUCUCGGUCAACUCAGACCAGGAAACUUAUCUAUCGCUGGACGACUUGCGCAUCAACUUGUGGAACUUGGACAUCUCCGACCAGUCUUUUAAUAUUGUCGACAUCAAGCCUACAAAUAUGGAAGAGCUCACCGAGGUGAUCACCUCGGCUGAGUUCCACCCUCAGCAUUGUAACUUGUUCAUGUAUUCCCUGUCCAAGGGCACGAUCAAAUUGCUGGAUAUGAGAUGCAAUUCCUUGUGUGAUAGCCACGCCAAAAUCUUCGAAGAGUACUUGGAUCCUGCUUCCCAUAAUUUUUUCACUGAAAUUACAUCGUCUAUACUGGACGUGAAGUUCUCCCACGACGGCCGUUACAUAGUUUCAAGAGACUACAUGACAGUGAAGCUCUGGGAUUUGGCCAUGGAAAGGAAACCCGUGGCUACGAUCAAUGUUCACGAGCACUUGAGGGAUCGUUUAUGUGAUACCUACGAAAAUGACGCCAUUUUUGAUAAGUUUGAGGUGCAAUUUGGUGGUGACAAUCGCUCUGUUAUGACAGGCUCGUAUAACAACAAUUUCAUGAUUUAUCCUAAUGCUGUGGGCUCCUCCAGUCAAACACUCAGCUCAAGUGGUCCAGCUUUGGACAUGUCCCUGUUCUCACUCAAGAGAGGUGGGCAGAAGAAUAGCGAUGACGAAGACAACAAGAACGGCCCACGACAUCAUGAUGAUGAACAUGACGAUGAUGAUGAUGACGACUCGGAACAAGAGGAUAAGCUUUUCGCGCCACCGGGAGAGGGAUUUCCUCAAUCGCCAAAGAAAGGUGAGGAUGAGCAAGAGGAAAUCAUUUUACAAGCGGAUAAGUCAGCGUUCAAGUCAAAAAAACUCGGCCAUGGCGAGGGCACCACGCGCCGUCGGAUGAUGAGUGGUGUCGGUAGUGGAGGAGUUGACAACGACUACAUUGACUUCAAGAAGAGCAUUCUACACUUGUCGUGGCAUCCACAGGAAAACCUGGUUGCCAUUGCAGCCACUAAUAAUCUCUACAUCUUCUCGACGUUAUGA